GGUAAAGUUCGUAUGAAGUCACGUGCAAAGAAUUAGCAGCAGCAAACCCAAAUCGAAGUGAAGAAGACAGAGAGAGAGAGGCAUUUCCAUCCAAACCCUAGCCUUGCAUCGUCACUCUUUUGAUUUAUCACCCCAAUUUUCGAACCAAUCGUCCUUUCUUUAUCUUUCAGCCUCCCCUCAAUAUUGCCACCACUGCUAUGGAUAACAGGAUUGACAAUUAAUACUUUGGGUGGGCUCUUUCUAAAUAGGUGUUUGUACUUUUUCCUCUGGAUUGAGGAUGUGGCAAUUUGGAAUGCUUCAGUGAAGUGUCUGGACUUGCUUCACAAAGUAUAUCUUGAAGUUGAAGGUGUAAGGUAUUUCUUUCCAGGGAACUCAAAACGGACAGAUCUUUUAGUGUGAUGUCGGAAGGUUCCAUGGCAGUUGUUAAACCGGAGAUGAAGUCUUAUAUUUGGGUCCAAACUGCUGAUGGUUCUAUCCAACAAGUGGAGGAAGAGGUUGCCUUGUUUUGCCCCAUGAUACGCCGAGAAGUACUUCAAACGGGCAUGGGAUCUUCCAAAAACUAUGCUAUUUCUCUUCCUCAACGAGUCAAUCCUGCCAUCUUGGGUUUAAUACUUGACUAUUGUCGGUUCCAUCAAGUAGCAGGUCGCUCUAAUAAGGAGCGGAAAACUUUUGAUGAGAAGUUUGUUCGAUUAGACACCAAAAAGUUAUGUGAGUUGACAUCUGCUGCUGACAGUCUCCAGUUGAGACCUUUGGUUGACCUCACAAGCCGUGCACUUGCCAGAAUGAUUGAAGGGAAAACUCCAGAGGAAAUACGUGAAACAUUUAAUUUGCCCGAUGAUCUUACAGAGGAGGAGAAGUUGGAACCCUUGAGAAACAUUACUGAUGAUCCUCGUAUCAGGCUUUUGAAUCGGUUAUAUGCCAGGAAGAGGAAAGAAUUAAGAGAGAGGAAGAGAUUGGAGAAUGUUGAAGUUGAGGAAGAGCGUAUUGAUGAGCGCUCAGUGGAUGAUCUAUUGUUGUUUAUAAAUGGUGGAAAUGAAGAUUCAAAAAGGGCUAGAUCUACUAAGAGCAAAAAGAAAAAUAGGAGGAGAAAAGAUCAACCAGGAAAUUCAUCUUCAAACAAUGAAAAUGGGAACUCUAAAGAGGACGAUGCAGCUGGCAGCGUGACCAUCCCAAAUAGAACUUCAAGAUUGCAGGAUUCAGCAUCAGUCACCUUCUCACCUAGGCUUGGUUUUGAUUAUGGUGAUAUUGAUGAUGAAUUAGAUCCUGCCAUGAAGGAAGAACUUGAUGGUGAUAUUGAUGAUGAAUUAGAUCCUGCCAUGAAGGAAGAUGAUGGUGAUAUUGAUGAUGAAUUAGAUCCUGCCAUGAAGGAAGAACUUGACAGGGAGGUGGAGGAUUUUGCUAGGAGAUUGAACUCCGUUUGGCCUGACAGAAUGCAGGAGUUUCUAUCUUUGAGUCAAGAGAGGAGGCUUGCACCUAUUUCUGUGAAUGGAUGUGGUUCCUCAAGGAGAUACACUGGCUGCACGAGUUGCUGGGAUGGAGUAAUGGCAUGAAAAAUGUCAUGUUAAGAAGCAUACGCCCAAUCUACCUUGCUUUUGUGUGUGUGCGUGUGUUUUUUUUUAUUUGUUGGGGGGGGGGGUUUACCAUCCAAUGUCACUUGAGAUUUUGAUAUCUGCGCAUUUGUCUUGUUUGGAAAUGGCGACAAGAUCAUGCCGGACAUCUUAUUUAGUAUCACAAUCAUAUCCCAUCACUUGUAAUACCACAAAUUGUUCUAAUUUUUUAAGCAGGUUUGGAGCAACAACAACAACAAACCCGUGGUAAGUGAUCCAUUUCUGGCUAACUGCAGCUUGAGCAAUUUCAAAAAUAUGCUAGAAUGAGAUGUGUUGCUAUCAGAACCUUGAAGUUGGAGCAGGGCAAUGUUUUCUCCAUGGAAUGACUGCAUAUUUAUUUGUUAGCCCUGCUGUGCCCAAAUAGGCAAUGAAUCCUGGGGGUAUCAUAUGUGUUGGGGAAAAGCUUAUAAAGGGGGCAAGGUGGAAGAAAGAUGAAACCCUCUUUUUAAGUUGUUUGAACUUUCGGCCUUGGACGAGAUUAGCUCUUGUUUCCGUUGGGGACGCUCUUUUCAUAUUUGUUGGUGGUUUGAGUUAUCUUUCUCAUCCAAAAUGCGUGGGCCACCCUUGUGGGUUGCAUUAAGGAAUGAGAAGCGACAUUGUAGGUGCGUUUACUCAUUAAAAACAAAAAAAGUACUUUACCAUUUGUUUCUGAAUCAUCUUGACAAGUAUCUUGGCUGUUUGGAAGUCAUGGUUUUAAGUUUCUUGUAUUGACUAAUGUAAAAGAAUCAAGGCAUUGGGAGGUGCUUAAUGUAUGUAUUUAUGUAUGGCUUUGUAAUUUUUGUUGAAGAAUGUUUUGGGCAAUUAUUGAUUUUUGAUUCUUGGUUCA